AGGGCCCAAAAACAGUGAGGAGCGCCAACAAGCAGUUCAAAUUCUCUCUCUCUCUCUCUCUCUCUCUCUCUCUCUCUCUGCUGCUGUAUCUUCAGUUUCCCAUGGGUAAAGUAACCAUUUCCGCCUCCUCUCUCGCACUCUUCCUCUAAAAAUUUGUUUGCGGUAUCAGAGAUGCCUCUGAGAUCUGUCGAUGGAGGAGGAGGCUGACCUUUAUGCCCCGCCUGUGCCGCCGCCACCAUCUUCAUCCACCGAUAACAAUCUCCUCCGUCCGAUCAACCACGAUUUCCAUCACUCCCUCACCUCAACGACGUCGUCCUCUUCUUCUUCCUCCUUCUCCUCUUCUUCCCCGCGCUUCAUCCGCCAUGUCCAAGCAGCCUUCAAGCGCCACCGUCCUCUCGGUACAAUGCAGUCAAAUAGCAUAAGGCCGAGGCGUAUGUUGGUUCCACAAAGAGAAGCAUCAAAAAGCUCAGCAUCAAAUCUGGGUCCUACAGUGGAUCCCAGGAAGACCGAAGAGGAACUUCUUGGCAAUAAUUCUAUUGCACGAACGGUGAAUACAGGUCCUGUCAUGUGUGAAACUCAAUUAGACGCAUCAACGACACUGCCUUUCACAUGUGGCACCAAUACAAACACCUGUGAAGACAAUAUCAAACCUUUUGAUAUAAAGAGAGACCAACCCAGAAACUUUGCUGAUUACAAAAGCAACGAGACAGUUACUUCAGUGCUUGUAGAAUCUCAACAUGUUCCGAUGGUUGAUGGUCAGAAGAAGGUCCAGUUUUCAUUGAGAAGCAAUUCCAGAUCUCGGGGGGCCGAUGACCUCAUGGCCUCUGGAACAGACAGCUUAUUGUCUCAUAUGGGUUCACUUGCAUUGACAGAAAUGGUAUGGGAUGGGAGCAAUCAACCAGAGGCUGUAACUGUCAUCAGUCAUGACUUAAAGCCUCAGAAGUUUCACAGCAUAGAAGCAGAUGAAAGUUUGAGGUCUGAUCAGCCAAAUUCUUCUUUCUUGGCGAAAAGAGCACCGGAGGUUCAGGAUCAGAUGCAUCAAUUCAGAAACUUUUUACACGGUGACUUGAACCACCCCGUGACUCAAUCGUCAGUUGUUGGUUCAUCUUGCGCUACGACAACUGUAGUCAAUUCAGCUUCUGCUCCCAUCAUCAAUUCAAUGACAUACUGUCUGCAUCCUUCUGAAAACAUGGUGUCUAACAUGCCUGUAGCACCUAUGCGAGAUUGCAAUGUGAAUCCUAAAGAAAUGCCACAAGAAAAUAUGGCUCAACCUUCUUGUAAUUCAUGCAAGCGCACCACUUUUGACACUCAAAUCGAAGUUAAGGAGUAUGACAUGACAAAGGAGCUGCAAGGCAGAGGGCCCGAGGAACGUGACUUUCGAAAAGAUUGUGCCAAUCUAGAUGACAAUCCUAACAAUGGGAAAGAGCAUGAAUGUGGUGUUUCCGACUUACAAUCUCAGCCCUCCUUGUCCAAAAACCCAUCUUCAGAUAUGAAGGCAGAGCCAUCUAAAUCAGAAACACAAGAAAAAGUUGCAAGUGGUAAGGCGGCACCUCGUAAAAGAAAUUCUGAUUCUGACCUGUUUAUUAAAGUUAAUGGGAAGCUCUAUCAGAGGCUUGGGAAGAUAGGUAGUGGGGGAAGUAGUGAGGUCCAUAAAGUCAUUUCAUCAGAUUGCACAAUCUAUGCCCUGAAGAAAAUCAAGCUCAAAGGCCGCGAUUAUGCAACAGCGUUUGGGUUUUGUCAGGAAAUGGAAUACCUAAACAAGCUGAAGGGAAAAAACAACAUUAUACAACUAAUUGACUAUGAGGUGACAGAUAAGACUUUGCUGAAGGAAGUAUUGAAUGGUUGCAUGAGUGACAAGGAUAGAAGAGUCAAAGAAGAUGGAUAUAUUUACAUGGUGCUUGAAUAUGGAGAAAUUGAUUUAGCGCACAUGUUGUCCCAGAAAUGGAGGGAACUGGAUUCAACUAAUUCUACUAUAGAUGAGAACUGGCUGCGGUUUUAUUGGCAGCAAGUACUUCUAGCUGUCAACACCAUACAUGAGGAACGUAUUGUGCACUCAGACUUAAAGCCCGCCAAUUUUCUUCUGGUCAGAGGCUCAUUGAAGCUAAUAGACUUUGGUAUUGCCAAAGCUAUAAUGAGUGACACAACCAAUAUUCAACGGGAUUCACAGGUGGGUACGUUGAGCUACAUGUCUCCUGAAGCAUUCAUGUGCAAUGAAACGGAUGCCAAUGGAAACACUAUAAAGUGUGGUCGUCCAUCGGAUAUCUGGUCACUUGGUUGCAUCCUUUACCAAAUGGUAUAUGGAAGAACACCCUUUUCGGAAUACAAGACUUUUUGGGCCAAGUUCAAGGUCAUAACUGACCCAAAUCAUGAAAUCAAAUAUGAACCGGUUUCCAAUCCUUGGCUUCUUGAUCUUAUGAAGAAGUGCCUUGCAUGGGACCGGAAUGAAAGGUGGAGGAUCCCUCAGUUACUUCAACACCCUUUUUUGGUUCCACGAAUCCCAGCUCAAUUGUGCCCCCCUCAAGAACAAAGCUGUAAAUUGCUUCAGUUGAUCGCUGGAUCUUGUGCAAAUAACCAGAAAACUAUGAUCCUGUGUAAUCAGCUCCAGGAAUUACUGAGCUACCACCCCAGCCCGGAAAUAGUAUUGCACGCAUCAAUUUCACGAGAUGAACAGCGUAAAUUGCUUUGUAAUGUCAAAUAUUUGCUUUCAACUCCAGGAACAGUUAGCAGAAUAAGCAAAAGAUUGGAUACAGAUAUCAUUGGAUCAACUGAGCGAAACUUCGGGUAGCCAAUUAUCUAUGUUGAGAAGUGGUUGCUGUCUGGAAGGAAGUUAGCUUAUUCACUCUCAUUUGUAGUGUUUUCUGCGACCACUUCUUCUGAACCCGUCAAAACAAUGGAACGUAUACACCUUGGCUUGUAGCGUUAAUCUGCCAUUUCUCGGGUCAUUGGUUGCAUCUGAUGAUACUUGUAAUUCCUUGGCUUAGCAUUCUCUGUGGUCAGUGGAAAUAAGUUUCAUAUGAAAUUGACAUUUAUGUAGUGGAAGUUAACCAUGUAGAAUUCCCCUGACAAAUGUGCUGCCAGGAGUUACAGAAUAUUUUGAGUCAAUGUUGAUAUGUUGUACCAGAUAGGUGUAUUAUUGUGUCGGAAAAUCGCUGCGUAUCAGCAUAAUGUAACGUUGCACAUAGCAUUUGGCAAGA